AUGGCCUUUGAGAAAGUUUGGACACCACUUAAACUUCCCGCGGCCCUGGAUUCCUCCGACCCUGGCCAACGGCUACCACAGAUCGACAUAGUCGAAACAGGGAUAGCUCUGCCAGAUGCAGAAGACCAGACAUUAAGGAAUCCAGUCGCUGCCCGAGAGAAUUUCCUCGGCAUGCCGAAUCCAAUACACUGGAAAAUCAAUCUCGAUCUUCUCACGGCCAGAAUCGCCAAGUCGUCGGUAGUGAACUUUCGAGAGUUUCAAGAUAUCCGCUUCUUCUGCCAUUGUAUCUGUAACAAUGCGACCGCACCAUUGCUCUGUAAUACCCCGUUUCAGGUCGCACAGCCCCUCCAGGUCUGCCGAGGAUGA